AUGUCUUACGAAAACGACCCAGGAGCCCCGCAUAUGUGGGUUCAUAUCCGUUUCAACUCUGCCCGCGAUAAAGACAAGACAGACAGGAACCUCCUUGAAUAUGUCCGUGAUGAAGUACUCCAUGGAACGACCUGGGAAUCGCCCACCUAUGAGGUUGAGAUCGAAUGCAUGCUGAAAAUUAUUAGUGAUCCUAUCUUAUCUAUCGAGGUCCCUGGCCCCUUCCCUCAUAACAACUUUAUAGAUCGACUCAUAACUUGCGACAAGAUGUUGGAGAAGUGGAGCCAGGAGCUAGAUAGGGGACUUGGGCUUCCUUUUGACCGACGGGAGCUUUUCAAAGCUCCAGGGAAGUGGAAUCAUGCCGCGGUUGGUAUUGUCUGGGAUGAACACAAUCAGAACUAUCACUCUCACAGCUUCUAUGGAAUGGGGUUGAACCUCUUCGGAUAG